UCUCGCGAGAGAGCAAUCGUCUACGGGACUCUCGCUUUGGCUUCCGGCUGGCAGGUGGGCUGGUGGCGUCGCCCAGGGCAACGGCAAUGGCGGCCACGGCGGCCGGGCGGCUGUUUUCGCUGGAGCUGCUGGUGGACUGGGUGCGGCUGGAGUUCGGGCUGGCGCCGUGCGCCGGAGACCCCGCUGUGGCGUUUCGUUUGCUGGACUUCCCGCCGCUGCUCGUCCUCCCUUCUGCCGCUUCAGCGCGGGAGCCCCGGAGCGGCACCAUCGACUUCGGACGCGGCAAGGCCUGCCUAUUACGCCUGCGCCCUGACGCCCUGCAUCGCCCGCGCCUGCGCGCAGCGGUGCUGCAGCUACCCGAGGGUCCAGCAUCUGCACCGUGCUUGCUGGGUGCUUGCGACAUCCUGCUCGUCGCCUCCCAGGGCCGACGCGGUAAAUACACCCUGCACGGUCCAGCGGCCCAGCGCGUCGGGGAAUUGGCGCUCUUCUACCGCCUAACUGACCUGGGACGCUUUCCCCCGGGGGUUCCGGAGCUGCAGGGCCCGCUGAACCCUGAGAGUAUCACCUCCGAGGCCAUGGAGGUGUGGGAGCCACCUACCCAGGAGACCUCGAAGCCAUGCACCAGAGAAGCCACUGUCAGAUGCCUACAGUGUGCCUCAGAGCCAUGCCCCAAGGAUACCAAUAGCUGGUCUGCAGGGGACUCAGACCCCUCAGCUGUCCAGAAGACCUGGGAAGAAGCAGUCUUACACAGUAAGGCCAGCUCUGGGGACGUGGCUUCUGCCCCUUGUUCACCGGCUCCCAGCGGGAGGACUGCCAGCCCCCUCAGCCCGGAGGUCACCGAGCUGGACUUUGAAACCAACACCUUUUGCCCUCCUCCUCUGUAUUACACUCACCAGAUUCAGGAAAAGACACCUCCUGCUAGGGUUGAAAUCACUAUUGAGCCUCAGAGAAACGGACCUGAGGAGCCGGAUGGCAUUUACCCCGAAACUAAACCUGUAGGUCCUCCCGUACACCCGGUGAAACAUACAAGAUCUGCAAUGGAGGAGAGCCCUCCAGUGCUUCUCAAUCCUCCCCAGACGCAGGGUCCAGGUGCAGUGAAUGAGGUUGCGUGUCCCCAGACUGAACAGAAUACAGCCAAUGCAAUAAGACAGCUGCCGCUCUUGAACGCUUUGCUGAUUGAGCUGUCCUUGCUGUGCAACCAGCCCGUGGCAAGUCCCGCUCAGGUUCACCCCCACUUGGCCUGGUUGUACAGCGGUGAACACAAGGGGCCAGAGCCUUCUGCCAAGUCCACAUCUCGGUCAGAAUUAAAGAGCAGCAAACUUUCUGUGAGAGAAAGUGAAAAGCUCGUGAGUCUUCAGCCUAAAAAGAACCCUAAAGGUAAGCGCUCAGAGAAGAUCAGUGGGAGCCCUCCCCCGAGAGCCGCGAAGGGGAGGCUGCUCUAUGGCUUAACGAACACCCUAAGACUGCGUCUAAAGCAGACAAAUCCCGACAUGCUGGUUGUCCAUGAAAAGAGAGAACAGUAUAGAAAAUCACAAAUACAAACUGGGGGACCAAAAUUUCGGGUCCCAUCGUGGAAAGGGAAAGUACCAAGCUUGGCAACACAAAGCCAGAUGCCACCACAGCCGCCCGAGAAGCCUUCUGACUCCAGUGGGUCUUUUGCUGAAGGUAGUGAUACUUCAAGGCAAAUCAGCACAUGCUUUGAUGAGCCAAGUACAAAUACAUCUAAAGCAGUGGAACGGGGGCAGAGUGAGAACAGAACCAGCGACACUUGGUUGGAAGCAGAUGUGGGUCCCAUAGAGUCCAUCAUCCCAGCGAGAUUCCCUCCUUCACAUAUUCUGGGAGGAGCAUCCAAAAUGCUGGUCCAAAGCCCAGGGCUUUCCCGACAGGAUCCUGCAGUUGACCAAACUGUGGAGGAGGGGAAAGAUGGCACCCACGUCAAAGUCACGGACCUUGUGAUUUCUGAUGCAGGCGUCAACAGAGCAGCCAGUAGAGACAGUUCCUGCAAGAGCAUCUCAGAGCUAGAGUACCAGGAAGAGCUAGCCAGCCCUUGCUAUUCUGAAGACUUCUGCAUGACUGAGAAUAACAGCAGAAGUCUGCUGGCUCCUCGCUCCAGCACAGGGCCAGGAAAUGCCCAGCACGGUUCACAGGCAAGCAAGUCCAGUGAGGCAAGGCUGUCCACAAGGAAAACCAGCAGCGAGCUGAACGUGCUCAGCCCUCCCUUCUCUGCUGGCUCCCCAGUGUGCUCCCAUAAGCGAUCCCAUGUACUGAAGACUCCCUGUAGGAGUCUGGAGGAAGCCUCCAGUAGCUCCACCAGCGACUUCUCAUCACAGUGGACAAAUGAAAAGGAGAACCAGGCAGAUGCACUGAGUACAGGUAGUUCAAAGGUCAUGAGGACAGGUCGGGACAGCUCCACUAAACUUAAAGGAGGAGCUGGCCGCAGGUCCUCUGAGAAAAGCCAGUCACCAAGGACAUCGCAAGUGAGUUCUUAUGAACCAUCUAAUCUGUCCGAGCUAGAACUCAAGGGCUUUGACAACAGCGAGUCAGCUGACUUCCAAGAGGAGGAAGAUGAUCUUGGGCCACUGAACUUCUCCAAACAGUGCAGAGACAUCUGUGAAUUAGUAAUAAAUAAACUUCCAGGAUACACUGUGUGAAGUUUGCUACUUUCGAAAGCUAGUUUCUAACUGAUAAGCGCUGAUCAUGAGGAAACGUUAUAACUCCUACAUGACGUUAGGGCGUACGUCCGUGGUGGUAGGUCUUUAGGAGAUGUACAUAGUUUGUCAUUGAUGUUUAGUGCCUUACCCUUCAAGCCAAUCCUACUCAGAGUCACUGUUAAACUUAGAAUGAUUCUUUUGUGAGAUGCUCAAGAUUAAAAGUAUGUCUGUAUACUCUGCGGAUAUCGGCCUCGCAGUGCAGAUUAAUCUAAAGUCGGCGUUCUAGGCACCGUUGUAGAAAGAAGCGCUCGUACGUGAGUUCAGCACCGGUUCUUAAUGGGAAUAAAUCUGGUAACAGAUGGAUGUGUUAGAGUGUGAGGUGCAGAGGAAUUGUGAUCGUCUGCUGCUAGGCGCUUUUGGCUUACGGACCUUCGUGACAGCCUCUCCUCUUGUUUAGUCUUCCUUUUGUAUGAAUAUACUCCAUUUGCACUGAUUUGAACUUAGGUUUCUUGAUAAAUCCUGUCUUAUUUUACACACCAAUAUUACCUUUGUUUUUUUAUUUAUGAAGUUGCUGAAUAAAAGCCUUGGCAGUUAAAAUGCUUACUAAAGGCUGUAGCACAAACACUUAACAAGAAGCAUGGACUCUCCCUAAUGGAAACGUAUUUGGGUAAUAUUUUAAUUUCACUGAGUUUAAACAGCCUUCAAGUAUAGUCAAGCGUUUAGGAGAACAAAGUCAGGCUUCAUCCCAUAUAGUUUUGUGAACAGUUUAUGCCGUGUUUUCUGGUUGCUCAUUGUUCGUUUGUAACGUGGAAAAGCUGGUUACCAUAAACCCUCGCCAUCAGUUCUGCGGGAUGUCCUUCAUUGAUUUCAGAUUUCACGCUGUGUUCAGAUACUUGUAGGCAUUGGAGUAUAAUACAUGUAAGCUGUGUUAUGCUGUAACUUUUAGACUUUUUAAUGUAGUUGAUGCUUUGGGACCUGUGAGACAAAGCCCUGGUUUUUCUUUUAUUACAUAAAUUAUUAUAAACAAUUACACAGUUAUAGGAGCAUAUUCGGAGCAAUUGAUCCUAGAAAGGAUUUACAGUGAUGAUGAUAAGGGGCCAUUGUGGAUACAUGAGUGGAGAUGGGCGUUUGCUGCACAAGAAAAGUUCCAGAUUGUAGAGAGACUCAGACUCCAAGUACACUGUCCAGCAAAGGGAGGUGGGGCCAGGACAGGAUGGUUGUGAGUGAGCAUCAGUAAGUCAUGGCCUUGGAGUGUUGUAAAAUACCAGAAAUAAUUACUCAGAGCUACAGAAGUUAAGUCUGGAAAUGGAAAAGGACUUUAUGCUACAGACUGAUUUCUCCUUGUCUGUAAAUAUAAAAUCUAUGCUGUAUUUUGAAUCCAUAAGACAUAGCUUGGUACUCAGACACGAACUGUGCAAAUGUUUAAUGUCAUUUUUUUCCCAUGGAAAAGGCAACAUAUAAGUACUAAAAGAAUCAUCAAAGAUAGUGUAGUGGUUUGAGUGAGAAACAUCUCCCCUAAGUUGUAUUUGACACUUGGUCCUUGGUCUGUAGCAUUAUUUGGGGAGGUUGUGGAACCUUUUGGAGGUAGAGCCUUGCGGAAGGAAGUACAUCACAGCAUGGGGUGCUUUGCAGAUGUUUAGCUCUGUUCCACCUCUUGUUCUCUCUCUUUCCUGCCUGGGGGGAAAGUGAGACUGGUUAGCUUCCUGCUCCCACAGCUCUGCUUUCCCUGCCUCUUCCCUGCCUCUGGGAUGGGAAUAGGUGAGGGAGGUGACACCCCAGGGUGAAAGCUGAAGGUAUAAGAGCUGAGACAUUACCCAGUGGGGCAGGGCCAGACCAGGGAACCUGUCUCUAAAAUUGUGUAGCUCAUAGGGCUGUUCUAAGGGAGAUGCUGUGACCGUGUAUUUAAAUCACCUGCUACAGUCUGGCCUCCAAUAUGGCCUUGUGUGGCUUAGGUUUUAAAUACCUUCGUAGUUGGUGUUACAUAUGAAGCCUGAUUUUAUUUUAUAUGGUUAAAUUUACUGAAACACGAAUAGGGUCAUGAAUAGCAGGCUCUGCCAUUUCACUGGUCUAUUGCAGCUCAACUUUUCAAACAGGCCAGAUAGCAAAAGUGACCGAGGUGACAGGGGCUACAGCAGUACUGAGCAUGGUACCCAGUGCCUUGGACAUGCCCAGCAAGUGCUCUGUCACUGAGCUGCACACGCAGCCCCAGCCCCUGGGACAGAGAAGCAAAGUGAGCAACAAAAACAGUGCUGGUCCUGCCUCUGUAUGCAGCUGAGGAGGCGGCUGUCUGUUCAGUCCUUUGAACCGUUGCUGUAGAUACAGAGGCCUGGACAGAGACACACCACGUGUCUACCCGUCAUUCACAUGCCCAUUGGUGGUGACUUCUCCGGGUAGGAGAAGCAUCUGUUAUGAACUUCUGUCAUGCCCUGUAGCUCCUGAUUGAGAGUCACCCUGGUUUGUGUUUUUUCUUCAUGUACAGAAUGCAUUGUUUCAGAGUUAGACUUAGGGACUAGACUUUUGUUUGCAACAAAUGAACAGGUCAAGACUAGAAAUUGAAAAUGACUUUUUAAUUAUGACAUUUUUGUUGGCAAGGUGAAGAGAUGUCAUAACAAAGCACAGUAUUUAAAUAUGUUGAGUUAAACUGCCCUUGGCGCCAAAGAGCAAUCUCGCGGGCUGUUCAUGUUUUCAUUUGCGUUAAAGCACACAGAGCUAUGCAGAAUGGCACUUUGUGAGCCAAGACUUGUGAGAUGGUUCUCAUUUUAACCCCAGAGCAGUUCUAUGAGAAGUUGCUUGGUCAAGGACCAACAUCCUCUCUGCCUGACUUUCUCCCUGCCUGUGCCCGGCACAAACACCUUGGGAGGAUUGCCAUUGGGCCACAGUGCCAAGCCUUAAGGAGCCCUGCUUCCUUGUUCUUUAAUCGGUACUUAUAUCUAUCACUGCAUAUCCAAUGUAGAGAAAAAAAGUCCCAGAAAACUCGGAGUUUUGCCCUCAUUGUAGAGAAAAGGAAAUAUGUCUUCAAAUUCCAUUGAACUAGCAGGAGAAGUAUGAAAUUAAGAAUUAACCCAGAAAAUUAAUGAAAAUACCAGGGGCAGGAGUAGCCGCUCGGUGGUAAAAUGUCUGCCUAGUGUGUGCAGGGUGAUCAGUUUGGUCCUGAGCCCUGAAACGAAAAUAAUAGGAACAGCGUUUUAAAAAUAGAAAAUAAAGAGUUUCCGAAAAUGAGGAUGGCUUCCUGCUUCUGUAGCAUCUUUAAUGCUGGACUGCAGUGAAGACAGUUAUCAGGCUCCUUUCUGUAUGUCCUGACCUAAUCCUAUUCUCUUUCUUUAAUCUGUUAGGCGGUUGACUGAAGUAGGGGACUUUCUGAUGGUGACCGCUGUCUACAUUCCUGUCUUGAUUGUCCUGUCUUGUACUAUCUUUAGGUUGUAGAACUUUCUCCUGGUUCCCCACCUUCUCCUGUGUGUGCGCGUGCGUGCACAAUGUAGCACUACAGCAUGCAUAGAGUUCAGAGGAAAACUUGAGGUGUGGGCCCUCGGCUUGUUGGAGGCGAGGUCUCUUUUGCUCCAGGCUAAGCUGACCAGGAAGUUUCCAGGAGUUUUCCUGUUUUCCUCCUUUCUUGCUGUAGGUGUGCCGAGUGUACAGGCAGACUCCGUCCUGGCUCCAGACUCAGGCAUGGC